UAUAGUCGAAGUAAGAUGGGCAGGAAGCACACUAUGAGUGGAAAGUAAAAACUUUUUGCGGGAAGAGGGGAGUGGACACGUCAGUGUGCAUGUCCUAGCAAGUGUAUGAGUGUGUGUGUGUGUGUGUGUGUGUGUGUGUGUGUGUGUGUGGGUGAGUGUGUGUGUUUCGGAUACGAUUCAGACUACGAUGGAGCGCCCUGACAUGAUAAGUCCCACAAGGGAAUGGAGGGAGCACGGAGAAGGACAAGUGGAAUAUUUUCAAUUUGACAAACAAAUCACAUCCUGGGAAGCAUGAACAACCUGAGCGAGGCCUUCAGUCGCUCCACGGCCGAAGACGAUAACCCCGAGGACGGCAGCGUGGUGAGCAAUGACUUUUCCACAACGGUGGGCGCCCUCAUCCUGGGACUGGUCUUCCUGCUCGGUGUGCCCGGAAACCUCUUCAUCGUGUGGAGUAUCCUGGCUCGCGCCCGCCGCCGCUCCGUCACCACGCUGCUCAUCCUCAACUUGGCAUGCGCCGACGGCUUCCUCAUGGCGCUCACCAUCUUCUUCGUCGUCUACCUGGCCAAGCAGACGUGGGUGUUCGGGACGGCCAUGUGCAAGGGCCUCUUCUACCUUUGCAACGUUAACAUGUACGCCUCCAUCUUCCUCAUCACGCUGAUGAGCGUGCACCGGCUGGUGGUGGUGGUGCUGCCCCGCAGGACUUCGGCCAGGAUCAGCAGAAAGGUGGUGCGUCGUGUCAUCCUGGGCAUGUGGCUGCUGGUGGCCGUCAGCGCGUUGCCCUCACUGGUGUUCCGUGACGUGCGGGAGGAUAAAGACGAGCGGAACAAGACGCGACACGUGUGCGCGCCCAACCACACGCUGCCUCGAUACGUGAGGUUUCAGUACUCCUUUGAGACGGUGGUUGGCUUCAUCCUGCCUUACGCCGUCAUCAUCACUAGCUACGUGCUCAUCCUGAGACGCUUGCGACAGACCAAGUUCCGCCGGAAGGUCCGCAGCGAGAAGCUCAUCCUGGCCAUCGUGGUGAUGUUCUGCCUCUUCUGGCUGCCGUACCACGUCAUCAACAUGAUACAGGUGGCAGCUGAAUGGUACUCGGAGAGAUCACCCACACGAGAAGCACUGGAGUACAUCUACCAGUCUAGUCGAGCCGUCACUUCGGCCCUGGCGUUCAUCAGUAGCUGCGCCAACCCCGUCCUGUACACUUUCGCCGGCAAGUCCUAUAUCAAGAAGAACGGCUUGGGCUUCAUGGCGCGCCUCUUCGAGGGGACGUCGCUGGACCAGACGGCCACGAAGCGGUGCAAGGACGUGAACCUCAGCAACGUGGAUUCCGGCACAGCCUCGUCAUGACACACGAUGGACGAUGGCGAGCCCUGGAAGAACUGACGUGCUUGAAUUGAGAGCACUGACUGUAAAUGAAAAUGCAGACUUUGGUUACGGAACGAUAACCGAUUAAAACUGACUUAUUUUGUAUAGAGUGAACUUCUGUGAUUUCCAACAGUGUGCUGUGGGAAAUUACCCAAUUUCACUUACUUGGUUCAAAUAGGGCGGCGCGGUGAGCGACUGGUUAGCGCGUCUGCCUCACAGUUCUGACGACCGGGGUUCAAAUCCCGGCCUGGCCUGUGUGGAGUUUGCAUGUUCUCCCCGUGCCUGCGUGGGUUUCCUCCCACAUCCCCAAAACAUGCAUCGUCGAUUGAUUGAAAACUCUAAAUUGCCCGUAGGUGUAAAUGGUUGUUUCCAUGUGCCCUGCGAUUGGCUGGCAACCAGUUCAGGGUGUACCCCGCCUCUCGCCCAGAGUCCGCUGGAAUUGGCUCCAGCAACCCCCCCGCGAGGGUAUGCGGUACGGAGGAUGAAUGAAUGAAUGGUUGAAAUAUUUACUGCACGUAAUGCAUUUUUGCUCAUCCAGCAACAGUUUGUGAAAAGCAGAACAAUUAGAUGCGCUUCCACUAGAUGGCAGAAGUUAAAAAAGUAAUCCGUGUCUCCACCUGCAGCCCUUCAGACAACAGAACAGCAGCAGCUUUGUGUUCAUCUGAACAGGUCCACAUUCGACGUAAAAAAAAAAAAAAUGUAGUAUAAAGAAUAGUACUUUCUGUUUAUAUUGAUGUGCUGUGAGAUUUUUCUAAUGUGCCUUGGCUCAAUAAGGUUUGGGGAACACUGACUCGACACAGCAGCUACACUAAUCAGAGCCAAUAAUAAAAAAUAAAACAAAACAGACUAUUUGCAAGUGUAACGGUCAGAUGACCGUUCCAGUCUGUUACAAGCUAAUGGGAAGCCAUCUGACUGGAAAAAUAAUAUAUUCCAUGUGUGAUAAACCUGGGGCCGUGUAAUAUGUUCAAUAGCUCAGUGCUAAUACCGUCAAAAUGGCAUCAAAUAUUCAAACACGAGGAGAUAGCCUCAAGUCAACACAGCGGUGGGCCACAAGGUUCCUUGUCAGCCCAGUUCUGAUUUGAUCUCAUCUCCCAUGUUGGCAGUGUGUUAACAUCCUGACUGGAAGCUUGCACACCAUUUUACCAAGCCGUGUAGAGUGCAUUGUGCAGUUUCAAAGAUUCUUGUCAUGCAGUACCAAUUUUAAAUAUUGUCAUUUAUCUGAAAUUUUACAGUAAAACUUCAAUGACAAGAAAUGCAUAAAUGUUCCAGCAAGUAUAAAUUUUAAGCGCAUUACUCAGUUGACUUGAAAUUUAAUGCCUCACAGCAAGGCAAAUUUGUAUUACCUUUGUAAAAGCAGUUUUAGAUUUAGCUGGGCAUGUUCAUUGGUUCUCAGACUGUACCAAAUGACAACUUUUUUUCUUUUGAAAAACUACCCAAACCCUGCGAUUGGCUGGUGACCAGUUCAGGGUGUACCCCACCUUUCGCCCAAAGUUAGCUGGGAUGGGCUCCAGCACACCCGUGACCCUAGUGAGGAUAAGCGGUAAAGAAAACUACACAAACCUUAAAUUCACUUUGCAUUAAACAAUACUGCUCCGGGAAAAGUCAGGCACAAGCUUAAACAAACUCAAAUUUUAUUUGACACAUUUCACUGAGGCACACGCACAAAACUCAAGUCAGAUUGCAUUAAAAGACUACACACGGUACACAAUUUCAGUAUUAGAGGAAACUGUAGACAAUCAAGUUAUUUCAUCAUAGCGCUUACAUACAAAAUCCUUAAGGGAAUCAAGUCUUAGUUAAUUUAAAAUCUACAUAUGUAUCAGCAGCAGGAUACAUCUCAGGAAAAUCACCUAAAAAAAAAAAAAAAAAAAGGAAACAGAACCAAGCAUAAUGAAAUGAUUUUGAAACAUCUAAAAAUAAAUCAUUUUCAUGUAAUUGCGGUUGGGUACUCCUAGAAGUGUAUAAUUCGGUGCAAAGAGCAGUAGGGGACUCACACCUCACUAACAAAGUCAACGUGGAGAACCUAAAAAUGGAGAGAAAAGACACAUUGCGCAUUAGAAAAAGGUCACAAAAAUAAAAACACCGCAACGCUGUGUUGGGUCAAACUCGUCAGUGCAGUGAGGAAUAAUCAUCAGACUCAGCUGAAACACGGACUCACAUGCAACUCAUCAUUGAAGGUUUGACCAUUCAAAAAAAAAAAAAAAAAAAAAAUAAAAAAAGUUUUCUAUUCAAAGACGACAUUUUGUUUGGC